AUGCCACCCUGCUCGGCGCCCCAUGCUGCCACAGGCAAGAUGCCACCCUGCUCGGCUACCCAUGCUGCCCCCGGCAAGAUGCCACCCUGCUCGGCUGCCCAUGCUGCCACAGGCAAGAUGCCACCCUGCUCGGCUGCCCAUGCUGCCCCCGGCAAGAUGCCACCCUGCUCGGCUGCCCAUGCUGCCCCCGGAAAGAUGCCACCCUGCCCGGCUGCCCAUGCUGCCCCCGGCAAGAUGCCACCCUGCUCGGCUGCCCAUGCUGACACAGGCAAGAUGCCACCCUGCUCGGCUGCCCAUGCUGCUACAGGCAAGAUGCCACCCUGCUCGGCUGCCCAUGCUGCCCCGGCAAGAUGCCACCCUGCUCGGCUGCCCAUGCUGCCCCCAGGAAGAUGCCACCCUGCUCAGCUGCCCAUGCUGACCCCGGCAAGAUGCCACCCUGCCCGGCUGCCCAUGCUGCCACAGGCAAGAUGCCACCCUGCUCGGCUGCCCAUGCUGCCACAGGCAAGAUGCCACCCUGCUCGGCUGCCCAUGCUGCCCCUGGCAAGAUGCCACCCUGCUCGGCUGCCCAUGCUGCCACAGGCAAGAUGCCACCCUGCUCGGCUGCCCAUGCUGCCCCCAGGAAGAUGCCACCCUGCUCGGCUGCCCAUGCUGCCCCCGCAAGAUGCCACCCUGCUCGGCUGCCCAUGCUGCCCCGGCAAGAUGCCACCCUGCUCGGCUGCCCAUGCUGCCACAGGCAAGAUGCCACCCUGCUCGGCUGCCCAUGCUGCCACAGGCAAGAUGCCACCCUGCUCGGCUGCCCAUGCUGCCACAGGCAAGAUGCCACCCUGCUCGGCUGCCCAUGCUGCCACAGGCAAGAUGCCACCCUGCUCGGCUGCCCAUGCUGCCCCCGGCAAGAUGCCAACCUGCUCGGCUGCCCAUGCUGCCCCCAGGAAGAUGCCACCCUGCUCGGCUGCCCAUGCUGCCCCCGGCAAGAUGCCACCCUGCUUGGCUGGCCAUGCUGCCCCCGGCAAGAUGCCACCCUGCUCGGCUGCCCAUGCUGCCACAGGCAAGAUGCCACCCUGCUCAGCUGCCCAUUCUGCCACAGGCAAGAUGCCACCCUGCUCGGCUGCCCAUGCUGCCCCCGGCAAGAUGCCACCCUGCUCGGCUGCCCAUGCUGCCCCCGGAAAGAUGCCACCCUGCCCGGCUGCCCAUGCUGCCCCCGGCAAGAUGCCACCCUGCUCGGCUGCCCAUGCUGACACAGGCAAGAUGCCACCCUGCUCGGCUGCCCAUGCUGCUACAGGCAAGAUGCCACCCUGCUCGGCUGCCCAUGCUGCCCCCGGCAAGAUGCCACCCUGCUCGGCUGCCCAUGCUGCCCCCAGGAAGAUGCCACCCUGCUCAGCUGCCCAUGCUGACCCCGGCAAGAUGCCACCCUGCCCGGCUGCCCAUGCUGCCACAGGCAAGAUGCCACCCUGCUCGGCUGCCCAUGCUGCCACAGGCAAGAUGCCACCCUGCUCGGCUGCCCAUGCUGCCCCUGGCAAGAUGCCACCCUGCUCGGCUGCCCAUGCUGCCACAGGCAAGAUGCCACCCUGCUCGGCUGCCCAUGCUGCCCCCAGGAAGAUGCCACCCUGCUCGGCUGCCCAUGCUGCCCCCGGCAAGAUGCCACCCUGCUCGGCUGCCCAUGCUGCCACAGGCAAGAUGCCACCCUGCUCGGCUGCCCAUGCUGCCACAGGCAAGAUGCCACCCUGCUCGGCUGCCCAUGCUGCCACAGGCAAGAUGCCACCCUGCUCGGCUGCCCAUGCUGCCACAGGCAAGAUGCCACCCUGCUCGGCUGCCCAUGCUGCCCCCGGCAAGAUGCCAACCUGCUCGGCUGCCCAUGCUGCCCCCAGGAAGAUGCCACCCUGCUCGGCUGCCCAUGCUGCCCCCGGCAAGAUGCCACCCUGCUUGGCUGGCCAUGCUGCCCCCGGCAAGAUGCCACCCUGCUCGGCUGCCCAUGCUGCCACAGGCAAGAUGCCACCCUGCUCAGCUGCCCAUUCUGCCCCCGGCAAGAUGCCACCCUGCUCGGCUGCCCAUGCUGCCACAGGCAAGAUGCCACCCUGCUCGGCUGCCCAUGCUGCCCCUAGGAAGAUGCCACCCUGCUCGGCUGCCCAUGCUGCCCCUAGGAAGAUGCCACCCUGCUCGGCUGCCCAUGCCGCCCAUAUCUCUUACUGUUCUUUAUAA